CAAAAUGAAAUACUUUUUUAUGUGCUCAAUUUUCUGUUUUUAUUACGUUUACGCUGAUUUUCGUCAAGAAAAAGCCAAGCUUCUGUAUGCAAAUCCUAGUUACAUAAAGGAUGCGCACGUAUUCACCGGACGUCGAACGCGCAACGAUUCCUACUACACCAAUCUCACUGCAACCACGUUGACUGCUUUUGGUAACAAUGUUAGCGCUGCAGUCACCUUGCAAAUGAUGUCCGGUGGAGAUUUCAGAAUCAGCCAAAAGUUGUGCGACAUUAUGAAAGAAGUCUGGAUCAUCAAUUUUGUGAAGGCGCACUCCGAUUUGGAUACCACAUGCCCAUUUCCACCGGGCACAUACAACAUAUUCAACAUGGUGCUGCCGCCAAAGAAUAUGCCGAUCCCGAUGAUAGCCAGCGACUAUUACAUCAUACUGGAGAUAUACGUGACGAGCUCGAAGGAGCAGAUUCUGAAGGUGGUCAUGGUUUUGCGCUACGAGGAGACCAAGUGGAAGAGAUCUUGA